AUGGCCGCCAAUUCACCCAUUAUCGCGUCGUCGCCGGUCUCAAUCCUCGUUCUCUUGCCCGAAUCCGUCCAAAACGGCCGACAGCGACCCAUCCCUCCAGCUCUCGCCUCGCGCGGGUCUGGCCCAAUACCCACUCUGAGCAGAACCAACAAUGCAUCGGCAGCAGCAGAAGCGGAGCUUGACCCCGUCCUCGUCCAGAGUCGGCGGUUGAGUCUCGGCGUGGGCCUCGGUGCCGGGUUGCAAUUGUCGGGGAGUGCGUCCUCCUCCAACGCUAGUCUCGGCUUCAGCCCACCUUCCCCCUCCAACACACCCAGCGCACACCGUCAUAUCGGCACGACAAAAACUGGGCCAACAGGCCAGCGCGAGACUCGCGCAGCCGACUUUGGCACCAAGCACUUCCCACAGGCCAGCCGGUCCAACAACCGGCCCUCUGCCGGCCCCGAGUCGGCUGCUGCCCACGCCGCCCUGCGCGCGCCCCGAGGAAGCAUUGCAGUCCCCAGCGGUGUGGGCAUCAUGUCGUCGGCGACAGGACGUCGCGUUGGCGUCGAGGGUGACGAACUCGUCGGCAGCUUGCGGCAGAGUGGACUGGAAGUCACUGCGGUUCGACAGACCUCGCAUCUCCCAGGCAUCAUCUCCACCAUGACACCAACGUCAACCCUCUCCCAGCUGUCUCCUCGCGACCCAACACAGUCCGUGCAGCAAGUUGUGCUGGUGCCAUUGGGCGACACGCCUUCCCUGCCAUCUCUGUCCCUCCUCCUCUCGCGCGGCACCACGCCCAGCGCUGUGUGCUUCCAGCAAGAUCUGGUGGACCGUGCCUCGCGGCUCGAGGAAGACUGGAUCAACUCGGCGGUCAGGACGAUCGAGCAGGUCGCUCAACUGUGCAACACGAGCCCAGAGGAGAUUGCGACCCCACGCGCGAUCAUUGUUGGCUACGUCUCUAGCGGCACCUUGUCGCCUGCCGCCCUCGAGGCGUGCAUGAACGCUGGUGCCUCUGGCGUCCUUCACCCUCCCUAUGACGCGCAUACUGCCCUCGUGUUGAACCAGAUCGUCGAAGCAGCCAGGGACGGCAAGGCCUCCACUGCCGCGUCCUUGUCAACCUCGCCGUCCCACCCCAACCUCGCUGGGGCCAGCGCGUUUGAGGAUGAGACCAAGGUCGUCCUCACUCCCACCGCCCUCGCCAUGGGUGCUGAACACGAGAGCGAGAAGGUCCUAUCCGCGUUCACCCAUCACCGUCGUCGCCUCAGCACGCAGCUCAACCUGAGUCGCGUAAUCUCGCCUGCGUCUACAGCCAGUGUAGACGGCGAGUCUCGCCACGACCGCGAGGGCCUGAAGACUGGUUCCACCAGCUCGUCCGUUGGCCCGACAGUCGCCACACCUGGAUCAACGACACUUGCCCACUUCCCAUCCCUCGCGCACAUGUACGACCAGUCGAACCUUGCGGCCAUCAGCGCUGCAGAGGCACGACGUCGCAGUGUGGACACUGGCGGCAUCGCCCUGGCCUUUGAGCGUGCGAACAGGGACGCCGAGGGCGCGGACGGCGACGCUCCUCACCACGGACACGGCCGCCACAGCAGCAUCACCAUGGUCGCUGGCGACAAGGAGCAAGAGGCGGCAGGUGGCAGUACGACGACGCAGUUUGCCGAGGUCCUGGGCGACAUGUACGAGCAGACCAUGGCCUCGAUCGACAUUCAGAUGGGUGACUACGAGACGCUGGCAGCUCCCAUCCCGUACGAGGAACGUGUCCGUCUCGUGAACGCUUUGAGGGAAUGGGAUUUCCGGCCACACCUCCUCAGCCAAGUGGACCUUUUCCGUGUGCCGUGCCUGAUCUUCGAGGUCAUUUUGCAUACGGAGGGAUUGGCCGAGCUGUGUCUUGACAGAGACCAAGUGAACCGCCUGCUGUUCGCCAUCAGAGCCAUCUACCACGCACCCAACCCCUACCACAACUACGUCCACGCUAUCGAUGUCUUGCAGGCAACCUACCUCUUCCUCGUUGGGAUUGGGGUGGCGCCUCCAUUCGACUUCUUCCUCGAGCUGGAACCCGGAAAGUCGGUGUGGCGCAGACCCUCGGAGGAGGUCAAGCCGCCCGCCGGCCUCGGCACGCGACGCGCACGCAGCAUCUUGCGUCCGCAAGACGUCCUUGCGGUGCUCAUCGCGGCCAUUGGGCACGACGUUGGCCACCCUGGUCUCAGUAACGCGUUUAUGAAGAACGCCAAGGUACCGCUGUCGGUCGUGUACGAUGACAAGUCGGUGCUCGAGAACAUGCACUGCAUGCUCAUUGUCCACCUGCUUCGCAAGCAUGGCUUUGGCUUCCUCAUCGGCAACCCAUCGCCAGCCGAGGCCGAGCGCUACCCUGCGCGCGCGGCCAUUGACUCGCGCUCGUUCCGCCAAGUGCUCUACUCUGCCGUCUUGGCCACGGACAUGGCACUCCACUUUGCGUGGAUCCAGCGUCUCAAGGAGUAUGGCGAGGCCAUGCAGGGCGAACACCCUGUGGACCGCGACGACCUGUCCGAGGCGGACCGCGUCGUGCUCUGCCAGGCGCUCAUUAAGUGUGCAGACAUUAGCAACCCCACCCGUCCCAUUGACGUUUCGGAGCACUGGUCCACCGUCCUCCUGGACGAGUGGACCAAACAGGCGUCGCUCGAGGAGGAGCUCGAGCUCCCCGUGUCUGUCGUUUCGGGCAUCGACGCGCGCGGCCAGGCCAAGGGCCAAGUGGGCUUUAUCGACCUGUUCACCGAGCCCUUGUUCAAGGCGACCGCCGUCGCCAUCCCCGAGAUGCAGGCGUACACCGACUCGUGUAUGAAGAACCGCUCCAUCUGGCAGUCCCGCCUCGAACGGCUGGACGCCGACGAAGAGGUCAACGCGGCGCGCACGGCCGCGCUGCGCAACAACGUCCGCCCACCGACCCCCGUCCGCCAGGACGACCGGUUCAACACACUGUUCCCGCUCAUCCUGCCCUGGACGCUCGUGGCGGCCACGACGGCCCCGCUCCGCGGCCACGCGCACACCAGCUCGGCCGCGCAGGCCGUCCGCGUCGUGUACCGCGACGAGGUGCACGACCGCUCCAUGCUCCCGCGCCACGUCCUCGCGCUCACGGGCUUUGACCCCGUACACGGCACGCGCCGCAUGAGUACCCCCGAGGCGCUCCUUGUCCAACCCCGCUUAUCAUGA